AUGGCCGACUCAACUGAAGACGUCCCGAGUUCGCUCAUACCUGAGGGAGAAGCGGUUGUGUAUGAGGAGGAACUUCUUGCGAAUCCAUUUUCGGUCAAGCUGUGGCUGCGUUAUCUCCAGGUGCGAGCUAAUGCACCGUUCUCUCAGCGAAAGAUUUUGUAUGAAAGAGCCUUGAAGGCAUUGCCAGGGAGCUACAAACUGUGGAAUAUGUAUUUGACUGAGCGAAAAGAUCGCCUUAGGCACAAGUGUGUCACUGACCCUGCAUUUGAUUCUCUCAACAAUACUUAUGAGCGAGCGUUGGUCUUUAUGCACAAGAUGCCUCGAAUUUGGUUGGAGUAUACUAAGUUUCUUCAACUCCAAAGGAAAGUUACGAAGACGAGACAUGCUUAUGAUAGGGCUCUCAGAUCUCUGCCGAUUACACAGCAUGAUAAGAUAUGGAAGCAAUAUAUUGCGUUUGCAAAGCAAUCAAAUGUUCCAGAGAUGGCUUACAGAAUUUUCCGACGAUUUAUGAAGUUAGAUCCCGACUCUGUUGAAGAAUAUGUCAAUUACCUGGCAAAACAUGAGCAAUGGAAUGAAGCUGCAACACUUCUUGCACAGGCAUUGAACAGGGAAAGUUUCAUUUCAAAGCAAGGAAAAUCAAAACACCAAUUAUGGCUUGAACUAUGCGAUAUGUGCACUAAGCAUGCUCAAAACAUCACCACAUUGAAGGUGGAACCAAUCGUGCGAGGUGCCUUGAAAAGAUUUACAGAUGAUGUUGGAAGGUUAUGGACAUCCCUUGCUGAUUACUUCAUUCGCCUGGGACACUUUGAAAAAGCCCGCGACAUCUUUGAGGAAGGUAUUAACACAGUUAUUACAGUGAGAGAUUUCUCGAUGAUCUUUGAUGCCUAUACACAAUUCGAAGAAACCAUGAUAUCGGCCAAGAUGCAGGAUGAUGAAUCCGAAAAUCAACAGGCCGAGGAUGAUUUGGACGUAGAAGGGGACGACUUGGAGUUGAGGUUGGCUCGGCUGCAGUAUCUGCUAGAUCGACGAGCAGAGCUUCUUUGCAGUGUUCGACUGAGGCAGAAUCCGCACAAUGUUCACGAAUGGCAUCGUAGAGUGAAAAUAUUCGAAGAGCAAGACAACCCUGAGAAGGUGAUCAAGGCUUAUGCUGAAGCUGUGCAGACGGUAGAUCCCAUCAAGGCAGAUGGGAAACCCCACACCCUAUGGGUUUCCUUUGCCAAGUACUAUGAAGACAAUGAUGACUUGGACUCUGCAAGAGACAUCCUCGAGCGUGCGAGCAAAGUUGAGUUUCGAUCCGUCGAGGAUCUUGCAACCGUAUGGUGUGAGUGGGCUGAGAUGGAGCUUCGUCACGAUGAGUUUGAGAAGGCGAUCAAGGUCUUGCACAAGGCGACUUAUGUAUCAGAUCGAGUAGCCAGGGCUUCGGUGGGAAAGGAAAAUCCAAAUUUGUCCGUGCAGCAGAGACUUUGGAAGAGCACUAAACUGUGGAGUAUGUAUGCAGAUCUGGAGGAAUCCCUUGGAACCUUGGAAUCAACCAAGGCCGUGUAUGAAAGAAUGAUUGAUCUCAAAGUUGUCACGCCUCAGAUUUUGAUAAAUUAUGCACAUAUGUUAGAGGAGGCCAAGUAUUUCGAAGAAUCUUUCAAGGUGUAUGAGAAAGGGGUCAAUGCGUUUGAAUGGCCACUUUCAAAAGAAUUGUGGGUUGCUUAUCUCUCCAAGUUUGUCAAGAGAUAUGAAGGCAAGAAGAUGGAGCGGGCUCGCGAUCUCUUUGAGCAGGCCUUGUCCAAGAUCCCCGAAAGAGAGCGCAGAGCCAUUUUCCUGAUGUAUGCCAAGUUCGAGGAAGACUUUGGUUUGGUGAAGAACACCAUGUCGGUCUACGAACGGGCCUGCAAGGAGAUUGCUCCGGAAGAGAGGUACGAUCUUUACAUCCAAUACAUCAACAAGGCUUCGGAAUAUUUCGGAAUCACCAAGACUCGUCCAAUCUACGAGGAUGCCAUGCAGCAUGUACCGGACAGCCGAAUCAAAGACGUGGCAGUCAAAUACUCCGAACUCGAGCAGACUCUCGGGGAAAUCGAUCGAGCGAGGGCGAUCUACCAGUACGGCUCGCAGCACUGCGAUCCUGGCAAAGACGAACAGCUGUGGAAGUUGUGGCAUGCCUUUGAAGUUCGACAUGGUAACGAAGACACCUUCCGUGACAUGCUGCGCAUCAAGCGAUCGGUUCAACUUCAGUUCUCGCAAGCUCACGUCAACGCGACGGACGCGGCGAUGGCGCUGAUUGAGCAGGUGCUGCUACGUCUCCUCCUGUCCUGCAUUGCUGACCUCUCCUUAGGGACCGGCAGCGAAGCUCCCCCUCCUCAUCGCCCCCUUCCCUCCCCGCCUACAAACUCUGCUACAACUGCUACAACAGCUCCUACCAACUCAGCUACCAACUCUGUGCCCAGGCAGGUGCCCAGGGAUGAUGAUGAUGAUGAUGAUGAUGAUGAUGAUGAUGAUGAUGAUGAUGAUGAUGAUGAUGAUGAUGAUGAUGAUGGUGAUGAUGAUGAUGAUGAUGAUGAUGAUGAGUGA